UUUCGGCGCUAUCCUUCAAACUCCGUUCUCCAAGAACCGGCUGCAACUUUGGCUUACGGCCACUCGCGGCAGUAGAUUAGCCGCCGCCGCCGCCGCCGCUUCUCGCUCCUGUUUUCUUGGGAGUUUCAGGUGCGAAACCGCGAUCGCUGUCAUUAUUUUCUUGAUUAUAAUCUUACUGUGGCAACACAACAUGUGCUCUGUCCUGAUGGAGAACUAUGUGGCUGCCAUGGUGUUGAGUGCAGCUGGAGAUGCCCUAGGCUUUUGUAAUGCAAAAUGGGAAUUCCAACGCAGUGGUGAAAAAAUUCACAACGAAGUAGCCAAAAUGGGUGGCGUGGACCAUCUUAAUAUAAAAGGUUGGAAGGUCAGUGAUGACACCAUUAUGCACUUAGCUACUGCUGAAGCCUUGGCUGCUGCUGGCAAAAACCCAGAGUUAUUCCACUUGUACAAACUCCUUGCAACAAACUACAGAGAUUGCAUGAGUGACAUGGAUGGACGAGCUCCAGGUGAUACCUGCAUGCAUUAUGCUAUGAAUUUGGAUCCAGAUAACUCAGAUAGCUGGAUACCUAAUUUCUGUAAAAGGGGAGGAGGAUGUGGAGCUGCUAUGAGGUCGAUGUGCAUUGGACUAAGAUUUUGUCAACCAGAAGACCUGGAAAAAUUAAUUGCAGUCAGUGUUGAGAGUGGACGAAUGACUCACCAUCAUCCUACUGGUUAUCUUGGAUCCCUUGCAUCUGCUCUUUUUACUUCUUAUGCGGUGAAUCACAAACCACCACAGGAAUGGGGAAGAGGGCUAAUGGAGGUGAUCCCUAAAGCAAAGGCCUAUAUCCAAAAGUCUGGCUGCUUUGUAGAUAAAAAUUUGGAGCACUGGAACUACUUUGAAGACCAGUGGAAGAGAUACCUGGAAAUCAGAGGCAUCUCAGAUGGAAACUCUCCUCCUUCCUUCCCUAAAACAUUUGGUGUGAAAGAGAGAGAUGAAUUCUACACUUCCUUGAGUUUCUCAGGGUGGGGAGGUAGUAGUGGCCAUGAUGCGCCCAUGAUUGCCUAUGAUGCUUUCCUGGGUUCUGAGAAUUGGACUGAGUUGGCUCUGCGGGGUUUCUUUCAUGGCGGGGACAGUGACUCCACUGGGGCGAUUGCUGCAUGCUGGUGGGGAGCAAUGUAUGGCUUCAAAGGGGUUAGUGAAAAAAACUAUAAAAACAUUGAAUACAGAGACCGACUGGAAAAAGUAGCUAAGGAACUCUAUCAUCUCAGUUUGACUACCUAAAAGUCCUACUGCUGGAGAUGAAGUAACUGUUAAAAUUCAGCAAAACAAAAUAUUUACCUAUAAACUAUAACUAUGAAUAGUGCAUACAUAUAGUGAUUUAAAUUAGGCAGUAAAUACUACUGAAAAAUCUACCACCAUCUGUCCCUAAAAUGUUAAAAAAUUAAGAAUUUAUUUGAGUAUAAUAUAAAAUUUAGCUGGAAGGGGGAGAGGAGAACAGCCCAGUUGCAGCUAGAGGACUAAUGGCUGUUUCUGGUCAUCCAAAACUACAAUCCAAAAAGUAAAGCUGGAGCAGGGACAAUGUUUAUCUGCCUACACACUCCCUAGAAAGCCUAAUGCACGUUAUCAAAAAGUUUCCCUUGUUUCAGAUCCUUCUGCUACAUUUCUAAAUACAAAACACAGAAGAUUAGAGGUCCCAACUAACUGUACAAAUAAAAUGAAAUGUAUCUUCUCAUCCAUUAUUUCAAAUUGAUGUCAUUAAUAUAAGCAAUUCAAGUCCUGCC